GAUCUCUCCCUUCUUCGUAUAUAAUUAUGAAGUGUAGGUUUUAUAUAAGCACAAUUAUAGAAGAGCAUUGGCAUUGUGCGUGCGGCUUCAGAAAUAAAAGUUAGUUAACAUUCGAUUUAGUGAGAAAUAUGGAAUCAAGGGAUUUUGUUUAAACAGUAAUUGGAUGAAAGCAAGCCAUUGAAUCAAAGUAAUUGGAAUUGAUAAUGGGAGUAGUUGGAUGAAAGCACGCCAUUGAAUCAAAGUAAUUGGAAUUGAUAAUGGAAGUAGAACAAACAAAUGAGAGAAAAAUCCAACAAGAAACCAACAAGAGAAUGGAAAAAAGAACAAAAGAAAAAACAAUAAACAAAAACAAACAAACAAAAAACACGAAAGCUAAAGAGUUAAGAAAUAAAGAAGUGCAAGUCGGAAUACAGAUUCGAAUGUGUAGCAUGCAUUAAAUACCUUUUCGAAACGAAAUAGAAGGGAUCUAAAGAGUACACAUUGUAAUAAAAUACUAUACACAAUACUCUAGCAAUACCCUGCAAUAACUUGCAUCCCGUCUAAGUCAUCGAGACGUCACCCACGUAGGUGUGGUUGAUCUAGUGGUACCCACCGAUACGUCAGGCACACAUCUCAAAGGCCCCCGAGAUCACAAGUAAUUACAGAUGUUAAACAAUUAAUAUCAUUACCGAACAAAAGUACACAAUAUACUGAAUUGGAUGAAAGCACGCCAUUGAAUCAAAGUAAUUGGAAUUGAAAAUUGAAGUAGUUGGAUGAAAGCACGCCAUUGAAUCAAAGUAAUUGGAAUUGAUAAUGGAAGUAGAUCCAAGUAGAAACUCCUCAACCUUUCUCAUUAUCGAAAAUGCCCCGCAAUAGAGGAUAUCGUAGUGGGAAUGACUCUGACAAGGGUCUCCAAGAGAACAGGCGCGACCCGAGGGUCUCCCAGAAACAUGCACAGGAAGUGUUUUAUACGGAAGGGAGCCAAGAGGCUAUCCCCAUGCAGCAAAUGCCGCCAGGCGGUCCGCCGCAAAUGCAGGAUCACAGCCUCUCACAAGGGCAUAGUCGACAUCACGGUCAUCCAUAUUACAAACCGAAUGGUUCUAACGCGCCUGGACACUUCGAUCCACAAAGCAACGUGUCACAUGGACAUGGUGUACAAGACCAAUACGCCCAACAUGACCAAGUGGCACCAGGAUACAACCAUGCACCUCAUGCCCAAGUCAUUAUAAGGGACGCGAAUACACCAAGUAAAAGAUACAUAACUCCAUCGAUAGCAUCCAUCAUCGCCAAGAGAGUUCUGACAAUCGCCGUUCUCAUCUUUAACGAAACCCUCAACUGGCUUCAAUACUGCGACUGGAAAGGCACUAUUGAUUUGCCAUCCGUGUUUGGGCAAAUUGGAAAGAAGGGUAAAACAGAUGUCAUCGAAUGCAGUGCAGACGCCCCUUUCUUGCCUUCACUUUACGGCCUUUUCUGUGGAGUUGCCACCGUGUACGCCGUAUUCCAGAUUAUAAACAUCACUGGCGAAACAGUACUUGAAUACCAUAGGAGAAAAUCUGGAAAUAAAUAUGAAGAUACUGGAUCAUCGCAAAGUGAAUUGUCACAGAAUAACGCUCAACCAGGUCCUUUGCAUCAAGAUAGAAGCCAAGAACAACCGGAAACAGACGAUGGAGAUCCUGAGAGACAGGAUGAAGAGGAACAAAAAUCAAUAAGGCAGCGAUGCGUCAGUAUUUUCUAUGGUUUUCAACUUUUACACGGAUGGGUUGAAACAGUUGCCGCAAUGGUUGUGGAAGAUCUCCCACAAAUCAUUGUAAUGGCUUUUUCCAGCUACUACUGUACCGUCAGCUUAGAAAACGCUGUAUUUGUUCUCAUUUGGCUGGUCGUAAAGGAAUUAAAAAACGUUUUCAGGAAGGCCUUCUGCAAACACAAGUACACAGCAUGCGCAUGUGACUGUGGUGACUGCUUUAAGGGAUGUUGUACCUACACGUGUCAUUGUUGUUGUGUGGUGUUAAUCUGCAGGCUUUGUCCUGGGCCCGAGGAACGAUGCUUUGAGAAGAGGCCGGUCGACUGUAAGUGCCCUGACUGUAAAUGCCCUACCUUUAAAUGCCCUGAAUGUAAAUGUGACUUCAACUGUAACAGCAUAUGCGACCGUCUCUGCAAAGCCUUUGGCCCCAAGGACAUAGAUCCAGAAUGGGUUACCAAAUUGCUACCAAAACUUAAGUUUCUUACUGGUGUUGGAUGGUUUGCUAUUGUCGUUUUACAAAUACUUGGCCUAUCUGACGCAUUCCAUGCAUCCAAUUAGAAAGUCAACAUUCAAAAGAAAUGUUUACUAUCUAAGCAGCUUACAAUAUAUUUAUAAACUAGGCUGCUUACAUGCUGUGUUGUUUGUACUCGGAUAAAAUUCUUCAAACGACUGGUUUUAUUUACGGAAGAUGGAUUUGUUUUAAUAUUUGUGUAUUUUGAAAUUCUUUCUUCCUUGAAGGACGCAAGUGAGCUUGUUUGCAGAAAAGUGCUUGGCGGCUUUUAUUGAACUUAAGACUCGACACUUUUACAAUUGCACUCAUGUCGAGUGUUUUUGUACACAUCUGAUAAGGGAUAUAUUACGUUGUUUAGUUUAUUCUCUAAUAAACAAUAGUAAAGCACA